CGUAAAUCUCCUUUCACCUGGAAUUAUGGAAAGCUUUAGGCAGUGAAGAUCCGAGCCCGUCUGGGGCACCACGCUGCCGGGAAAAGCCCAGCCGCGACCCGGCCCUGCUCAGCGUGUGCAGGGGGCGAGAGGGUCCCUUCAUGGUUCAGUAGCUUAAUGCUUUCUGGAGAAGACUGGGAGCAGGAAGAAAAUAAUUUGGGGUUGGCAAAGGGGCUGGCCUGGUUUUCAGCCUCGCUACACGCAGUUUUUCUUCCGUAAGAAAGGGGAAUGAAGGAAAAACCCUUUGGAGCGGCGUCUGGCUGCUCGUGGGGCAGGAGGGCAGACAGGCUCGGUGUGUCAGGCUGUGCCUCUCUCUGUGCUGGGAUCUCGGCUGGGUUUGUGCUGACUGAUUAUAUCUGGAAAUGUACAGAAAAGCUGACAAAGUCCCCAGCCGUUCUGCAGCCGCUGCUGGAGUGGCAGGGAAGGGUUUGCAGCUCGGCGCUGCCUGUCCCUGUAUUUAUGUAACCUUCACGUGGGAAUGAAUGAACACACACGGCGCGGCCACGCUCGGCAUUUCUGCUUUUUAUAGGUUUACCCGUCUGAAAUCCCUCUCUGUAUUCGCUACUCAUUGACAUCUGGACUCUUUUAAAACUCUACCUAUUGCUGUGAUGAGAUGUAGGGUGAAAACCCCCUUUGCACCCGGGUGUUUUUCUAAGGGGCUCUCCGAGAAACCUCCCAAACUCUCCACAUGUGAUUUGCCAGGAGCAUUACUCGAGGAAGCCACUCCUGAUAAGUCUUCUUAGAUGGCCUUCAGCUGCCUUGCUGGAGCUUCGCCUAUUUGCAAAGCACCAGUUGCAGGCUACAGGCUCAGGAAAAAAAAAAUAAAUAAAUACAAGCCCUAAAAGCAGCAAGGAGGAAAAAAAAAUUCCCCUCGCCCAUUUUACUGCUUUCCCGAAGUUUUUUUUCUGUUAAUUGUGGUCAAAAGUUUUUGCGUGAAAACCUCGGCCAGUAUUAAGAGCCCUUACAUGUUGCAAAGUCAUGUGUUUCCUUUUAAGUUGAGAUUUGCUGAAUGCCAACCACUCGAUAUAAUAAACAGCAAAUUUGUGGUAUCCUGUUGCAGUUUGGAGCCGGACUUGGGAGCGGAGGGGAGCGGGGUUUGCAGGGAGCCCUCGGCACACGGGGGGAUCCCCGGGAGGCUGGAGCACGGGGAGAGCCCUGGCAGCCACCCUGUCCUCGCUGGGGGUUUUUUAUUCUCCUCUAUAAAGUGCAAAACUCCGCUCUUUACCGGGAGAUUGGGUUGUGAUAGUUCAGACGAUUUAUUUUAUCGGGGUGCGAUCAGCUCCCAUUUCUUUGUUUAGCAGGCAAAAAGGAAACUAAUGAGAGAUCAGAGAGCCCCAAAUGGGCCUUUGCUGUUUAGGAAUGGCACAGAGAGGAGAAUGUUUCCUCCAUUUAAAGUGAGAUGCACUGGACUGGAUAAAAAGGCCAAGUACAUUUUAUUGAUGGAUAUUGUGGCGGCUGAUGAUUGUAGGUACAAAUUCCAUAAUUCCCGGUGGAUGGUAGCCGGCAAGGCUGACCCUGAAAUGCCAAAGAGAAUGUACAUCCACCCGGACAGCCCGGCCACCGGCGAACAAUGGAUGUCCAAAGUCGUCACCUUUCACAAGCUGAAGCUCACUAACAACAUCUCUGACAAGCACGGAUUUACCAUUUUAAACUCCAUGCACAAGUACCAGCCCCGGUUCCACAUCGUCCGAGCCAACGACAUCCUCAAGCUUCCUUACAGCACGUUCAGGACCUACGUUUUCCCGGAGACUGAAUUCAUCGCAGUGACCGCAUACCAGAAUGAUAAGAUCACACAAUUAAAAAUUGACAACAACCCCUUUGCCAAAGGUUUUCGGGACACCGGGAAUGGAAGGAGGGAAAAGAGGAAGCAGCUGACCCUGCAGUCCAUGCGGGUCUACGACGAGAGGCAGAAGAAGGAGAAUCCCACCUCGGACGAGUCGUCCAAUGAGCAGACGGCCUUCAAGUGCUUUGCCCAGUCCUCGUGUCCUGCCGUGCCUGCCGUGGGCACCUCCAGCCUCAAAGAUCUCUGCCCCAGCGAGGGAGACAGCGAUGCAGACAGCAAAGACGAUCCCUUGCUAGAAGGCAACGAGUCGGGCAAAAUCAGCACGACCACCGCCGCCACCCCAGCGCCGGCCAGCUCCGCUGCCACCGCGGGGGACGACCCCCGGGACAAGGGGGGCAGCCCCUCCAAAAGCCACUUCUUCCCUGGGGACUCGGCAGGGAGUCGGAGCCGAGAGAGGACUGAGAAAGCCCCUCCGGACUCCCGGCACAGCCCGGCUGCCAUCUCUUCCAGCACCCGGGUGGGAAGCCUGAGCGGCGAGGAACUGAAAAGCCCCCUCAGGGAUGGCCCCAAAGUAGAUGAGAACCGACUGCUGGGGAAAGAGCCCUUCACCCCCCUGACGGUCCAAACCGAUAGCACGGCCCACCUGAGCCAGGGACACUUGCAGAACCUCGGCUUCCCCCCUGCCCUGGCCGGCCAGCAGUUCUUCAACCCGCUGGGGAACGGGCACCCGCUGCUGCUGCACCCCGGGCAGUUCGCCAUGGGGGGGGCCUUCUCCGGCAUGGCCGCGGGCAUGGGGCCCCUCCUCGCCACCGUCUCGGGGGCAUCCGCCGGGGUCUCGGGACUGGACAACACGGUCAUGGCCACGGCGGCGGCCCAGGGACUCUCGGGAGCAUCGGCGGCUGCUUUGCCUUUCCAUCUGCAGCAGCACGUCCUGGCUUCACAGGGCCUGGCCAUGUCUCCCUUCGGCAGCCUUUUCCCCUACCCCUACACCUACAUGGCCGCGGCGGCCGCCGCCUCCAGCGCCGCCUCCAGCUCGGUGCACCGGCACCCGUUCCUGAGCGCCGUGCGGCCGCGGCUCCGCUACAGCCCCUACCCGCUGCCCGUGCCCCUCUCGGACGGCAGCAGCCUCCUCACCACCGCCCUGCCCGGCCUGGCCGCCGGCUCCGGCGAGGGCAAGGCGGGCGGGCUGAGCGCCAGCCCCGGCUCCGUGCCCCUGGACUCCGCCUCGGACCUCACCAGCCGCUCCUCCACCCUCUCGUCCGGCUCCGUGUCCCUGUCCCCCAAACUGGGCGCGGACAAGGAGGCGGCCACCAGCGAACUGCAAAACAUCCAGCGCCUGGUCAGUGGGCUCGACCCCAAGCAGGACAGAUCCCGCAGCGGCUCCCCGUAACCCCCCGGCCUCCGGGAGCUCAUUUCAAAUCAGUCUCGCAGUGCACUUUGUUUGAAAGAAACCACAUCCUCCA